AUGGAGAGCCAGCGGCGCCCAGUUAAGGGCUCAACGCAGUCGCUGGUUUCCUCGCGGUUCGCGCACCCCUCGGCGCCUGCGAGUUCCGGCCCGUCGGCGGGCGCCGGGGGGACGCCUGCCGACCGUAAGGCCGCGGAGAGCGGAGAGAGGGAGGAGGCGCACUCGGGCGCAGAGAGCGUGGACGGGGAUGACGAGGCAGGCGCGGGGGGUCUGUUUGCUUCUCCGCUUUCUCUCGGGUCGCAGCGCCUCAGCCGCUCCAUCUGCCACCAGGCGCCCCCUUUCCCAGGCUCCGCCGUUGUGUUUCAGACGCCGAGUUUCGCUCCGCCCAGCCGCGGCAAGCGAGACCGCGAAUGCCUCUCGCAAGGCACGCCGCCGCGGCUCGCGCGCCACUCCCUGGGCGUGCCCCCCGCCGCCGACACCGCGUUCUCCCCGCCCUCACAGGACCAGCGGACGCCCCCCCGCCCGUCCUCUGGCGCGGCGUCUGGUUUUUCGUCUUUUUCUGGGUUUUCCUCCUCGGUGUUCCCCCACGACGGCGUGGGCACGCCUGUGGGCUCGCCGGCCCUCGGGGUAGGGCGUGCGGGGCCUUGCUUUGGCGCGGAGGACUCCACUCCGGUGCUGCGGCAGCGCGCGGAGCCGGCGGCUCGCACGGAGGGCGAGCGGGGGGGCGAGGGGGCGGCGGAGACGGGCUCGCUCGCGGAGUUCCUCUCUCGAGUCGAGGACCUCUUGCGCACCGCCGCAUCGCCCUGGUGGUGGGACGUGGACGUCGCGCAGCUGCUCACGUUUUUUCUCUCGCUUUCCGAGAGCGGCACGAUUCAGCUGGGCGACGCGGCGCAGGACGUUCGCGAGCGGCCGCCCGAGCCGCCAGAAGCCUGCCUCCUCGAGGGGGACUGCGAUGCCGCGCAGUCCCCAAUCGUCACGCCGCGGCGUUUCGUGGCCGCGGCGGUCGCGGCCGUCGGCGGCUCGGGCGGCGCGGCGGCAACGCGGGCGGGCAGCCAAGAGCUCCUCGGCGCCUACCGCAUGGAGUUUACGCAGGCCGCGCUGUUUCUCGAGCGCCUGGCGAAGGUGUGGGGGAGGAAGAUUGAGCACUUGCAUGCGCUCUUCCUGCACAUGCUUCAGUCGAUGAACGUCGCGGGAACAGGGGGGAAGGCCGGCGACGCACUCAGGGGCGCCGCAGCCAUCAAAGCGGCGGCGCACGGCACGCACAGCUUACGGUUCAUCAAGCAGGCGAUCCUGCAGGAAGUCCUGGAGAGCGUCGCGCUGUGCCUGCCGGCCUUCCCGCAGGAAGCGAGCGCGAAACGAGGCGAGGGCGCCAAAGACGAGGAAGAAGAGAGAAACAAAAACGCGCGGCCCCCCGACGUGGUUCGCCUCCCGCCUGUCCUUCGAAAGAAGACCGGCCGACCUGGCAGAGGAGGCGCCAGAGAGACAGGGAAGGCCGCAGAAGAGCCCCAGAGAGGAGGAGAGCCGAGCCGCGCGAGCGCCGCACGACAGGAGAGCGGAGGCAGCGCGGCAGGUUCAGCGGCACGCGGCGACGCGGAGCAGGCAGCUGGCCGCACAGACGCCGGAGGAAGCGAGGAAGAAGAAAGCGCCAUGGCCACCAGAUACAGAGAAUUCAGAAGCUUCAGGCUGACUUCCUUCCUGCUCCACGAGGCCUCGGGCGGUUUGAUGGUUGACUCGCGCGACACGUCUCUGUACGACGCGCUUCUCCUCCGCCCCGAGAAGAAGCGGCGCAGACUUCUCCCUUGCUCUCUCGCGGCGUCCCCCUCUGGCACCAGUCUCCACGGGCCUGUUCCCGCGCCCGCACCUGGUUUGCCACCUGCAGUGCCCGCGCCUUCUGCGUCAGCUUCCUCCGCAGAUUCCGCGCUGCAGCUGGCCGCAGCUGCGACAGCGCUCCCUGGGGACCUGACCCGCCUCCCGAGCGAGGGUUUGGGCGAGUGCCUCGACUUUGGCGGCGAGGACUUCGCUGUCGACUGUUUCGAAGACCCGGCACCGGCCUCCGCGUCGGCGGCGGAGGCAGCGGGGCGGCUCGCCGGGGACGUCGGGGCUGCGACCGAGGGCGUGGGGAGCUCGGCGGACGCGGAGGCGCUCUCGCGCGAGUUAUCUGGCGCGUUUUUCUUCGAAGAAGAGCGCGGCAAAGCCCAGCACAGACAGGACCUCGGCAUCGAUAUGAGCGUCCCUCCCGACGAUGCGGAUGGCGCAGACGCCGCUGCCGCGCCGCCUGGCGCCUUUGCCUCCCGCGAGGCGCCGCUGUUGUCCGUCGUUGACCUCAUCCAGCGCGCCUGGCUGCAGCAGCAGCGAGAGCAGGGCGCCGACCGCGUGACGGCACUGCGGCGGCUGUUGCAUGCCUCGCGCGCCGGCGACUGGAGUGUCUGUACUGCGCCACCGCGGGAGACUGGCGACGCCAAGCGGACGCGCCCUGCCGGGAAUCUCUGCGGAGGAGACAGUCAGAAGGGCCUGACCACGGCGUCUGCCGCGUCGCACGGGGCUGCGAAGGACGUCUGCGCGAGCGAGGCGCACGCGGUGAAGCAGGGACAGGGAGAGGCAUCGUGUCCCUUCUGCCUCGAUUGCGAGGGCGCGCGCGCACACGGCGUGGGCGCGCGGGAGGAAGCCGGCUCGGGCAGGGAAGAAAGCAAAGAAAAACAGAAUAAGAGGCAGAAAAUAAAACCUCGCGCCCGCUAUAAACUCAUGUCACUGCGCGAAGAAGAGGAGGCGGACGACAAGGCUGAGAGACGCCCUCUGAAACUCGGCUCCUGCACCAGAAUCCCGCCUCCCUUCUACGCCGCGCUGCCGUCUUCGGCCUUCGCGUCGGCGCCUGCGACAGCCGCGCUCGCCUUCCACCGUGUUCAUACGCCACAGGGCUUGCGCACGCUGCUGCAGGGUCUGUGGAGCCCGGGGGAGCUCGCGGCGGCCGAAAACGUGAUCUGCGGCGGCGAUGCAGCCUCUGUGAAGGAGGAGAAGAACUCAGAGAAGGCCUCGAGUUCUCGCGCCUGGCGUGAGGCUCUUGCGAAAGCCAAGGCGCGCACGCGAAAAGCGAACGUCUCAGGUGCGGUAGCACGCCCGAGGGGAGCCGCGCACCUUCCAUUUUAUCCAGACAUUCAGCUUCCGAAUCCGCUGUUGGCGCCGGCAGUCGCGGUGAAGCUUCCAGCGAGCGCGCCGGAUGUCGCGACAGCCGUGAAGCGCCCAGAGAGCGACGCGGAAGGCGAGGAGGCGAGUCGCGAUGACUUGGAAGUCCGCGGCGGCGAUCUCAGACGGCGCUUCGACGCGAAGAAGAGAGGGCGGAAAGAAAAAGCGCCUUUCGGCAUCGCAGCCGCAGGCUCGGCGAUUGGGUGCAUGCUCGAGACCUCCCGAUGGAAGUGGAUGGAAGACGUCGUCUACGCGCGCCUGCGGGAACGCGCGAUGCUCAGGCAGAGACUCAAGCGGAAAAUCAAGCGAGAAACAGAGCGAGGGCGGAAGGGAGCAGAUCAGGGCUCUCUCGCGGCCUCUCUGAGGUCCCCUGAGGCCCUUCCUGUGGCUCGCGAAGCAGCUGAGGAGGCUGAGGCGCUGGUGGAGGCCGUCGAGGAGAGAAUCCUGAGGCCUGUAGAAGCCUGGCGAGAGCUGGAGGAGAGCGCGGUCGACGCCGAGGAUAUUUUCGACGUCAGCGACGCGAAAGGAGACGCGGACGGAAAGGUGGGCGAAAACGGCGAGAGGAAGAGCGCGCUGAGCGAGCGCAGCGGCGACGGGCUGAUGCUGGCGUUGCUCAGCGGACCUGAGAAGGAAAAACUCGAACAGCAGCUGCGCGCGGCCGUCAGUCUGCCGCUUGCGGUCACGGAGGAUGGCGCCGAUGAUCAUCUGGAAGGCUUUUCUGCGGAGACUAGCCAGAAGAAGAUAGCGGACCGCGAGUUGCUGCAGCGCGUUGCCACUUGGUCGGUUUUCCUGGAUGCGCAACUGCGGCAGAGCGCGGCCCUGCCGCCCUUCGACAUCCGCGCCUACGAACGCACGCUGCUCCAGCGCGUCGCCGAGCUCGCUCAGACCUGUUGCCCGUCGUCGCCCAGAGCGCUGCCGCCGCCCGCGCCUCUCCUCGCUCUCGAGGACGGGUCUCCUUCCUCUCCAGAGACGCUUGCGCUGACGCUCCAAGACAAAUCCUUUCGCGACGGCGGCGAAUCCCUGCAGCUCGCCUCGCAGGCCGAGAGUCGCCUCGCACUGAGAGAGAACGGUGCGCCGCGAUUUCCGAACUUCAGCGAGGUCGCCGACGGCCAGAAGAGCUACGAAGUCUGCAGGCUCUUCCUCUGCACACUCCUGCUGACAAACAAAGGAAAGCUCGACAUCAUCCGCGCGGAAGAUGGACAGAGCGAGGCCGAAGAGGAAGAAGCGUCAUGGCAGCGGUUCUUGGAAGGCAAGAUCGACAGCAGCGGGCGAGACCGCUCGAGUGCAACGCGAGACUUUGCGAUCACCGUCUUGGCGCCCGACGCCGAAAUCUGGUCAGCACACAAUGGUUUUGGAGAGGAAAAUUAG